AUGUCUAAGAGCCAGCUGAAGGACAUGGUCGUCAAUGACCCCAAGACAGGACCUUUGGGAUUAAAGGUUGGCCGUGCUCAUGCAGGCACUGAUCCUAUCCGAACUGUGGUGGAUGUACAUCCUUCAUUUGGAAAUGCGGAACGCCUUGGGUACUUGCGACGAUUAUUUCUGGUGGAAGCUGGAUUGAUGCCGGAUUCAAAGGACAAAGACGGGGGCGAUAGAUGGCUCCUUCAGUUAAUUCAUUGGACCACUAAUGGCAUGCGAAUAGUGUCUGAAUCCCUAAAAGUCGAAGACAUACAUAUUUCUUUCCAAAGCAAAUGGAUGUCAGAAGUGCUAGUUCAUGAGGAGAAUGGUGUAUCUUACGAAGGUGGCCUUCUAUCCGACGUAACCUAUAGGUUUUUCAAUCACGGUUAUCUGAUGACAACUUCAAUGUAUUGUGAAAAAAUCGAACGCUUCGUACCAGUACUUCUCACGUGGAUGAAUGGCCUCUCCAAGGAUCAUUACAAAUCUCAUUUUAAGACUUUAUUACAACAGAUUAAAGAUACAGCAAAGUCGGACGAGCAGAAGAACAACUUAACUGAACAAAUCGUGGACUUCUCCCAGGCUCAGAAAGUGGGAUUUAUGAGUGCUUACAUGGAGGUCUUUAACGUGGAUCGAGACGUCGCACUAUCCAAACUACACGGCUGCAGUCAAUAUUUUUCCCAGGCCGUCACCUGCCUCAAGAAAAAUCGAAGCAUUGUGCGUUUUGACUUGAAGGACGAUUGGGAAGCCAAAUGCAAGGCUUUGCUCAAACCCGAUACACCUGGUAAUACUCUCGAAAUGAAAUUUGCAAAGCUCUUCUUGGAAUUUCUGAAUGCAAAAAAGUGGCUUGAUUGGUGGUGCACCGCCGAUACCCAAGCCAUGCUUUUUCCUGGUAGGAAGAGGAUGCCUUUGGACGAUCCACCAUUAUCUGACGACGAAAGUGAUGGAGAAAAAUUAUUAACAGUCAAAGAGAUCAAAAAAAAAUUACACUCAACCACAAACGGUCAAGAAUCUAUGCACAGGGUCUAUUACUUGUUGUCGUAA